UCCCCUGCUUCUGCUUCUUCUUCUUCUUCCUGUCGAUCACUGUACCUGCACUGCAAGAGACUUCUUUACCGAUCGUUCAAGCAAGCGCCGAGGUUCGAUUUGAUCGUCAAUGGAUCAUCUGCUGCACCACGGGCACGAGAUGAGGAGGCCGUCCGUGCCCGGCCAUGAGGCGGCGCUGAGGGCCGUCCAGAAGCCGCCGGCCAAGCCGUGGCGCGCGGGCGGCGGCUUGACCCCGGCGCCGACGCCGCCCAAGGUGUACCGCGUGGAGCCCCGGGAGUUCCGCGACCUCGUGCAGAGGCUCACCGGCGCGCCCGCCGCGGCCAUGGCCAGGCCGCACCAGCACGGCCAGCACCAGCAGCUGCAGCGCGCGCCGACGCAGCCCGUGCCCGUGCGCCCCGGAGGUGUUGAGGACGCCGCCGCCGCGGGGCAGAUGUACGCGCCCUGGUGCUCGUUCCCGCUCAUGGGCACGCCGGCGUCCAUGCACCCCGGCCUCGACGGCCACCACCUCAUGUAGCUCCGCCUCCGGCAUGCCGCCGCUCUUGUAUGUACAUCCUUGUUUUCUAGGACUAGGACAAGCAAGCUAGGCGCGUAAACUUCAAGGGAGCGAGUAAAAACUUCUUAAUUAAUAUCCAGUUAGUUCUAAGUUCUUAGCAAACAUAAUACUCCCUGUUAAAAAAAGACAAAUAUAACACUCGUUGCUCCCUUUGUAAUAUUAUUAUUAGCUGCAGCACAAGAUGUAAUU